CAAAGUUCCCUUAAUUAGCCUGUAGAAAUAAUCAGAAAGAUGUUUCAGCCUGAGCUAACCAUGGAUUCAAUCUUUGACCAGAUUGAACACCAUGACUUCAACAUGGAUGCUCUUGUUGAUUUCUGUACUUUGAUCAGUUCCCUACACUCUUCACCACAACAGAGGACAAUUCGGAGCUUCCUUCACUCCAGGUUUCACCACCCAGGUUCCCACAACUGAGGAAUCUGAAUUUUCUUCAAUCCCAUGUCCCAUUUAUGAUGUUUCCCAGCAAAUCUUUUUGAAUGAUGAGAUAGAGAGUAUGUAUGGAGGUUUGGAAGACAUUUCCCUCACAGAAGUGGGAAUUUUGUUCCCUGGACAAGACCCUUAUUUUAAUGGAGGAAUUUUCCCUUUGCAACCCUUGCCUAGUGAAGGAGAAGGUAGUUUCAGUCCUAGCCAGUCCAUGAAUUCUGAAUCAGUAUUAACAGAUGUAAUGUCUGUUCAAUCAUCUCUAACAUUGCUAGGAGAAGACAUGGAAAUAGAUAACCAAUUGGGCCUUUUUCAUCUACUUAAGGCUUAUGGGGAAGCCUUGGAGAAGGAUCAAAGAGAGCUUGGGCAAGUUAAUUUGAGACGCGUCAGUGAGAAAGGUAGUCCAGUUGGCAAAACAUUGGAGCGCCUUGCUUUCUAUUUAUCUCAAGACAGUGAGAUUAAUCAAGCUGAAAAUUUGAAACAAGAGUCCUCGAAGAACUUCAAGGCUGCAUUUCAGGCACUCUACCAAGCCUUACCUGAUGGGAAGUUUGCUCACUUUGCUGCAAACUCUGCGAUUCUUGAAGCUAUUCCAGAUGAUGCAGAGACAAUACACAUAGUGGACUUUGACAUGGGAGAAGGUGUUCAAUGGCCUCCAAUGAUUGAGGCCAUUGCACACCAGCACAAAACAUUAAAAUUGACAUCAAUGAGAUGGGAAGAGGAGGAUUGUAAUGAUGCUCCAUUGUGGAGGUUUGAGGAGACAAAAAGGCGGCUCUAUGAUCAAGCAAGAGCUUUUGGCCUAAAGUUGAAAGUGGAAGAGAUGGGAAUUGAUGAUUUAGUAAGUGAACUAAAGACGAAAGGGGGUGGAAGGAGAGAAUGGUUGGUCUUUAAUUGCAUGGUCGGGCUUCCACACAUGGGGAGGGGUAGAAGUAGAAGCCUUGUCAUGGAGUUUCUAAGGUUGGCUAAGGAAUUGAUAGCUAAUUCUGUCAAUUGUAGUACUAUUCACAAGGGUAUUAUAACUGAAAAAUUGCUCAGAUUUUGGGUCUUUCUUUGAGGGAUAUUUGGUGCAUUACAAAGCCUUGUUAGAAUCUUUGGAAAUGAA